AAAUCCUGAAUCUGGUCGACUAUCGUCACACACGACUACUUCAGCUCUGCUUACUGGUCAGCCUUACAGCAAACUGCAUAUUUGCCUUCUUUCCAUUCUCCCUGAUUAUCACUACACCGCAUCGAGCGUUGGCAGCGUUGCAUUAUUCUAGCCAGACGGCGACAGUGCCUCAAGACCAACAGCAGACAUGAGGGUCAGCCAAGCAGUAUCGUUGUCGUUAGCUGUUGCUGGUGGGCUUGCUCUCCCAGCAAGCACGACUCAGCAGGGACAGUGGGAUGUUAUCAUCAUUGGCGCCGGACCCGCAGGCAUCGUCGUAGCAGAUCGCAUGAGCGAAGCAGGAAAGAAGACACUUCUUCUCGAACAAGGUGGCCCAUCAUAUUAUAUCACCGGAGGCCGCGAGAGGCCUGACUGGCUUGCGAACACCAACCUCAGCCGGGUCGAUGUUCCCGGCCUGUACAAUUCGAUCUACGCCACCAGAGACAGCGAGCUUCUCUGCACUGAGCAGGUUUUGAGUGGCUACGGCGGCUGCACAGUCGGAGGCAGCACUGCCAUCAACGCAGGGCUCUUCCAUCUACCUCCAGCAUCAGAUUUCGACACAUACUUCCCAAAGCAAUGGAGCUCAAAAGAUGUCGCCAACGCGGUCUCCAAAGUCCGUGCCAGGCAGCCAUUCACAGACAACCCUUCUGCGGACGGAAAGUACUACCUCCAGUCAGGCUAUGACGCCGCGAAGGAGUGGCUGGUCAAGGGAGCGGGGUACGCGGAAGUUGCUCUGAACGAUGUGCCCGACAGGAAGACUGGCGUCUUUGGUCAUGCUACCUUCAAUUAUGAGGGCGGUCAGCGGUCUGGACCAGUGACAACUUAUCUCCAAUCUGCGCUAAAGCGUUCGAACUUUGAGCUCCGGACUGGAGUACAGGUCAAGGCCGUUGAUCGAAACGGGAAGCAGGCUACUGGUGUCACUGUCCAAAGCAACGGACAGGAGUCGACAAUUGGCCUUGCGAGUGGUGGACGGGUCAUCGUCAGUGGAGGCGCUCUGUUCAGCCCUGGAAUUCUUAUGAAGAGUGGAAUCGGCAACCCAGACGAGCUCUCCAAGCUGUCCGAAGCAGGUCUGCUGAAGCUUGCUUCGUCUUCCUGGAUCAACAACACUGCCGUCGGCGACAAGCUCUUCGACAACCCGAACACCUUCAUCGAACUCUCCGGAUCGAACAUCAAAUCCUACACUUAUAACUACACCUCUCCAGAGCAAUCAGACAAGGACCUCUACUUGUCCGCUCGCUCCGGCCCAUACUCCUUUGCUGGUCAGACCAGUGCCUUCUGGGACGUGAUCAAUAUCAACGACACCAUUACAAGCGUGCAAGGCACCAUCGGCGCUGCAGGCUACGGAGAGUACACUGACGACAACACCAUUACACUGAAUGUAUAUGGCACCGCCGGUCUCCGCUCCAGCGGCCGAGUCGUCAUCGACACCAAGACCGGCCGCCCUGGUCGCGAGAAGUAUUUCCACUACACCGACGAGGGCAACAUGGACAGCCUCGCCAUCGCCACAUUUAUUCACAAGAUCUUUGCGGCUUUCAAGACUUCCAACUCGGGUUUGACGCCUCGCAACAUUGCUCAGGACGCAAGUGUCGAGCAAAUUCAGCAGUACAUCACAAGCAGUACGCCGUAUACUGGUAAAGAUGUCAGCCAUUCGAGUUCGAGCUGUCGACUGGGAAGCUGCGUGGAUUUGAACACGAAAAUCAUUGGCUCAGACAACAUUUUUGUUGUAGAUGCCAGUAUUAUUCCGCCACUCACAACGAACCCGGUGGCGGGAAUUAUGAUUGCGGCGGAGAGGGCGAGUGAGUUGAUCCUUGCGCUG